ACGACGGCAAAGCAUGAAAAAUUCAAUUCCGAAUCUGCGGUCUCCUCAUGUUGUUUGUUCCACAAUUUUGUCAGUGUGUAUUGUGUAUUGUGAACGGAAUAACGGUGAACAAAUAUGGCGACGACUGUUCAGACACGGAAUAUAGAGUUCAAACAGUUUUUAACAUCAACAAUCAAAAACUAGCAGCAACACGCCUUCGACUUUGUUCGCAUUCAAUAAAAUCGAUGCACACAAUACUAUCGAUAAGAGUUAACAGAAUGAACGAAAUGCAAACCCGAUAUUGUUGCAUGAAAAUAUAAACAAAAAAUCACUGCUUGAAAAACGAAUCUCAGCAACUUGAUUAAUCUCAUAAAGUGUAGUGUUAUCCGUGCGUAAUUCCAAGUAAAAUCGAGUUUAAAAGUGAGUGCCGUACAGCCGAACAGCCGAACAGCAACUUUUCCAAACGAGAAAGGGAGAAAGUGCGACACACGUUGAAAUAACGAAAAUCAUGUAGCCGCAGGAAACUCUCUCAAUUGUGCAAAUAAUUAUUAUAUACGCCAUUAAUGUAAUGUGCAAAAUGUGAUUUCCUCGAAAACUUACUUCCAUUAGGCGAACAUUCGCAAUCGAUUGUAAUUAAUUGAGUAAACGUAAACGACUUCCUCCACAGUCUAUCUUGUGUGUCGAAGAAUUUCACGAUAAAUUAGGGACAUUCUCAUGGUAAACUUUAAUUAAAAGGACCGUAAUCCGUAAAUAACUCUAUUUGUGCUUUGAUUUUUAGUGCUCAAAAUUGCACACACACAUACACUGUGCAUAUGAUAAACAUUUAUUGUUAUUGAUAAUAAUUUAAAUACAAAUAUUUGUUAAUAUAUGUUGAAAAUGGUUUGAAAAACAAAAAAUGACAUUUUUCGUCUUUCUCUCUCUUUCGUUUGGUACAAACAUUCAAUACGAUUUGGUGUGUUUUCAUUAAAUUCUGGACCGUAGUGAAAUCAACGAAAACCAAAUCAAACUCAAAUCAAAAUUCACCAUAUGCCUAAAUGAAUAUUGCAUAGAACAAAUCAGAAAAUAAAAACGGAUCGAAUAUAGAGCCAAAGAAGCGAAAGCGCAAAAUAUUAACCGCGCGUAUUCAGAAUUCAAACAGAAAGCUGUAAUCAAAUCCCCAAUUCAGUAAACAGAAAACAAACACGAAAUUGAUUUAACCACGGGAUGCGUGAUCUCGUAAAUCCAACUGUAUGCUAUCGUACAACAACAGCAGCAGUAGCAGUCGUAGCAGCCGCAGUAAAUAUACAUGUAUGCAAAAUUGAAACGUGCUAAACGUUAACAAGCAUAAUGGCAAUGCCAGUCUCACAGCAUCAGUAUCAAAUGUAUAAUAGAAUUUUGCGAAGCUCAAGAGAACGUAUAUCGCGAGGUAGCGCCCGAGUCGAAAAAGGCCAAUACGAAAUGGUUUCAUUAGCUCACAUCGUAUUCGAUCCAUCGAAGUAGACGAACGAACGCCAAAAACCGUUUUUAUUCUCUCUCUGACUCUUUCCCAGCGAAACGAGAAUUGGGAAUGGAUCAAAACGGAAAUUGUCUUACUUCAAUCACACCAGCACAUGAUAAAAAAAGCCAGCGAGAGAGAAAAAUAAAUGUCAAUGGAGAAUUUUUUUACCGAAAAUCAAACCAAACAAUAUUUAAUCUGAUUGCCGAAUCUAUGCAAUUUUAAAUUGAAUCUGGAAUUAGAAUAUAGCGUGUAUACAAAAACCGAGACAAACGGAAAAUCAAACAAACAAACACGAAAUUGGCUUGGAGUGAGAAACGGAGUGAGCAUGUUUCCAUCGAGAGGAGCAGUGACACAAUCAUAACGUUUUUGGCGUUCAUUGUUAAAUCGCAUACAAUGAGGAGCAGCGCUAAUUCCAAGAAAUAUGCUAUAUAUUGAGCUCCAAGAUCCUGACACACAGUGAAAGGGAGCGUAGAGAGUGGUUUUAAUUUCAUUUGGAAUAGCGUAUUGUUUGACAAGACGAGAGUUUCCAAUGUGUAUUUGUUUUUAGUUUAAGCGCUCCACACUAUAGAAACUUGUGUGUGUGCCAGAGAAAAAGAAAAGGAGAUAGAGAGCGAGUGUGUGUGGUUGUCAUCAAAGAGACGGUUUUGCUUCAUCGAUAUUGUUUGAAUUGUGUCUAGGAAAUUGGUGAGCGUGUACGUGCGCGCGUGUUAAUCAAUGUGCUGUUUGUUUGCUUCAUUUUUUCUACUCUGUCCCAUCUACAACAACAUCGACGACGACGACGACAUUGAAGAUAUACUUGAUAUUUGCCAGCAAUUUGUCAAACUUGAAGUUGCCGAAGGCACAUUUUGAUAAAUUUAUUACAUCGUUCGCUCGCUUUGCUCGAACGGGGUUGAUGAAUACCAAUGCGAUGGAAUAGAGCAUAGCUGGAAGUGGCAAAAUUAAACACUAUCCUUGACAUAAAAUUAUGGCGUAGAUAAACGAAAAAAAAGUCAAUCCACAUACAAUCAAGUGUAAUACUAUCUACAUAAUGGAUUGAAUUCGGUUUCAAAGGUAAAAAAAAUAUGGUCUAAUCAUCGAUAAAAUAAACGACUGCACAAGCGUGAAUUUUUCACUCUCGAAAGUAGUUAUUGAAAUAUUUUAUGUAUUUAUGCACGCGAUCGCAAGGAAAAAAGGGAAAUAUACAUCCUGUAGUUAUCAGAUCGAAGCAGUUUGAAUUUGUAAGUUUAGUCAACGUAAAAAAGCCAUACGGACUAAAUAAAACGGACCUAUGUUUUCAUUCGUAUAAAUUGUAGGCGUAUGUACUGUAUAGAAUAAACAAUAAUCAAAUGUUUAUAGUGAUUAGAUGCCAUGUCUCGUUUUGGUUCCAUUAAAUAAAAAAGUAAAAUACGUGUGAAUGCCGUUAAUUUAAGCGAGAAUAUUUUUUGUCGUUGAAUGGUGUCCCACGUCGGCCCCUUAAAAUUGAUGUGAAUUCAUGCCGUACAUUGCACGCAGGUGGAACACUAGGAUAAUUGUACAAUUUAUGUGUACCAGACAAUCGAAUCAACUUGUUUAUUGUUUGCUAUUACGUGUAUAUAGCGAUAGAUAAAUAAUUAAAUUUAUGAAGCCAUUCGAAUGCUUUGAAUGCUUUGCUCUAUUCGCAUAGAAUUGUCUUUAGUUAGUUAGUUAGCGAACAUGUAAAAAUGCGAGAUUUAUGAAGUGAAAAUAUCGGCCAAUAAAGCUGGUGAUGUGAUGAGAACGUGCGCACAAGAACGUGUUCAACGGUAACAGCACAAAAUUGUGUGAACACAAGCGAAAGGCGUAAGAAAAGCGAACGAUAACUUAUAACUAGAAAAAUAGUGUGUCGAAACGGUGAAGCGACCCAAAUCAGAUAUAAUAAAGGGAAGUGCGAUCCGAAGAAACGGGAAUUGAAUUGUUGAAAUAAAUUUUAUACGACGUACACUCAAAAAAUAUAAUGGCCAAUAAAUCACCAUUAUCGAUACCAUCAAUUGGUUCGUCGAGCUCGCGAACACCGUCACCUCUGCCAAAGGAUGUUACACAAGCGAUUGCUGCAGCGACAGCCAUCGAUGAGUCUUCCGAAAGUGAAAAUGAAACGGAGCCCGCCCGAGUGUUUCAGCGUCGUGUAUCCACCAGUAAGAAUUUGAAUGGUUCGGCCGUUACAAAAGAAGGUUAUUUAAUGAAACAAAAAUGGAAAUUUCACCAGCGAUGGAGACGAAGAUAUUUCCGACUAAAAGGUCAUAAAUUGUACUAUGCGAAGGAUGUGGAUGAGCCGGAGGUCUUUGAUGAAAUCGAUUUGCUGAAUUUAUGCUUAUGUGAGUGCAGCACGAAAAACCAGAACCACAGCUUUCAGCUGAUAACAACAACUCGAUCAUUGGUACUGUGUGCGGAAUCACGAAGAGAAAUGGAAGAUUGGUUGACUGCCUUAAAAGCCGCUUCAUUGCGUGAAUACUACGAACCCGGACUGACUGAGACACAAGAUUUUUUGAAUAAUCAUCAUCAUUGGUAUAUUUAUAUUUAUCAUCGACCUACUUAUUGCAAUGUGUGCCGAGAUUUAAUUACAUCACACGGGCUAUCAUGUGAAGUUUGCAAGUGCAAAGCACAUAAAAGAUGUGCAGCAAAAGCGAUAGCUAAUUGUAAAUGGACUACGCUGGCAACUGUUGGUCGUGAAAUCAUUGAGGAUGUAGAUGGCAACAUCAUUAUGCCGCAUCAGUGGAUGGAAGGCAAUUUGCCAGUGUCAUCAACAUGCAUGAUUUGUAAAAAGACCUGCGGUUCGGUGUUACGAUUGCAAGAUUGGCGCUGCUUGUGGUGUCGCGCAACAGUUCACACAGCAUGCCGGCCGUUUGUUAAACAACGAUGCCCGUUGGGUUCGGCACAGUUAUCAGUCAUUCCACCGACGUCCGUUCAUUCGAUUGGCAUCGAUGAAGCUUGGGAUGUUGUCAAACCAAAUGGAAGCUAUUCGCCACUACUUGUGUUUGUUAAUUCGAAAUCGGGUGACAAUCAAGGUGUGAAAUUUUUGCGCCGUUUCAAACAGAUUUUAAAUCCUGCUCAAGUGUUUGAUUUGGUUUCGGCGGGUCCAGGCCUUGGCUUGCGACUUUUUCGCCAUUUCGAACCAUUCCGAAUACUUGUGUGCUCGGGCGAUGGCUCGGUCGGUUGGGUGCUAAGCGAAAUCGAUCGCAUGGAUUUGAUUAAAAAGUGCCAGUUGGCUGUGCUACCGUUGGGCACUGGAAAUGAUUUGGCCCGUGUACUCGGCUGGGGUAGUUCGUGUGAUGAUGAUGCACAUCUACCACAGAUACUGGAACGAUACGAAAAAGCCAGCACAAAAAUGUUGGAUCGGUGGAGCAUUAUGGUGUUUGAAAAGGAAAUUGAAUCGGCCACACCGAAUCCAGCUGAGCGACCGCGACGCAUGUCAACCAUUUCAAAUCCAUCGGAAUCGAUUUUACUCGAUUUCGUUGACACAGUCAACAGUCAUUUAUCACAAAUCGUUGACACUGAUGAUUUCAACAUGGUUAUCUAUUCAGCGAAGCACCUUUGCGAUACCAUUUACAAGCUGCUAUCCAGAGUCAUGGGCAACAAUCUAACCGAUGACCAAAUGCAAGUAAAGUGUGAUUUAUUGCGAGAGAAAUUGGAUAUGUUGUUGGAGACGCUGAAAGAGGAGAAUUUGACGGGUCAAUCGAAUGGUGAAUUGGCACGCAUACUGGAUGAUAUGCUACAGCAAAAUCAGAGUUUUGGCGAAAUUCCAAAAUCAUCAUCGGCCAACGGCACCAUCACACCGCCGCCCGUCGUGACAUCCGAACGUCGGAUUUCGUUUAGUUUUAAAGGAAGCAAUGUUAAGACUGAAAAAGAUAAAUACAACUCGAAAGAACGGCGCAACAGCCGCUAUUUCGUUCGAAAUGGUGACAAAGAAGCAAUACAAACGCGGGCAAAUAGCUUAAAACUAGCAAUCAACACUGUGAUGGAACAUUCCGGUCUGUAUGAUCAUAAGCCACGGCAUGGUUCACGCAAACAUAGUUUAGCUGCUUUGAAUAUACCCGCAAAUAUAAUAUCGACCACUGAUUCACUAACAACAACUCCCCCUCCAUCGAUCAUUGAACCACAAUCAACCACAUCCUAUCAAUCUCAUUCAAAUGCAGAAGAAACCACAAUCGUUUCGAAUUUAUCCCCGUUACCAGAUCAACGUCGCAGCUCAAUGGACGAGUACUUCUUUAGCUCGUUGAAUUUGCCCGUACCAAAACAAUUUGCAGACGCUGCAAGUCGACGAAGCUCCGGUGUGGAGCCCAUUCAAGAGGAGGAAGGCAACGGACAUUACAUUGUAAGCGACACCAAAUACAACAUCGAAUCGGAAUAUAAUUAUGAUGUCGGCUAUUUGUGUGGUGACGAUGCAAAUUGUGGAUCGGCUGUCCCGUACGAAGUAUACGAACGGAAUUUACUACGGUCAGCAACCAUGCAACAAUGCUCAACCAUCUAUGAGCGGGAUAAAAGCGAAGAGUCAAUUGCAACGAUUAAACACGUGUCACAAAACACAAUCACACACACACUGCAAGUGCCCAGCAUUUCAAUGUCUGACGUCGAUAUGAUGGAACGGAAUCCAAUCAUCGAAACCAAUAUUUCGGUGGAUAAUGUGUACAUCAGCGAAAAUAUGACCAUCAUCGAUACCGAUCACGUGGAACAAUCAAUUUCCGAUGAGAAUGUUGCUGAAGCCAGUGAUAUUCUAUCAGCGAUUAGUAACGAAGAAUGCAGCGUCACAUCCGAAAUUCUUGACAAAAAUUCAUCCGGAACUUCACAAAUACACGCCGCUGAAAUCAUUCAGAACUUAGAAUCAGAUCGAUUGGGCCACAUUGAUUCACCGGAAGAUGAUGAAUUGACAAGCGAUGUGACAGAGCCAUUCCAUGGUGAGAGUCUCCUUGAGGAUAUUAGUUCCGUAUUGAGUCCAGAUCUACUGGGAUUGAUUCAAGACAUCACCAUAACCGAAGAUACGACAACAAUUUGCGGAGAUAAACCACCGCGUCGCAAACUAUCAUCGAAGAAGAAAGUGACAGCUGUCAGUACAACGUACCAAACAAAUGAACCGUUGGUCGAACGAGAAGAUAGUCUCGAAAAUUCCAACGAAAAUCCACUUCAAUUCGGUUUUGAGAACAUCGUUUUCGAGAUGGAUAAUCGGUGCGAUGACCAGAAAGCACGUGAACCAAUUCGUUACUGUAGUCUGGCUCAAUUUGUCGAAGGCAACGAUAUCGCGCGCAGAAGCUUCAAGCGUCCGAAUCGAAAUAAAAUCGAUUCAACGACAUCGACACACGAAACCGAGAAUAUUGUUUCGAAUCCAAAUCAAACCACAACAAUUACAAUUGAACAACAACAACACUCGACCAACGAACAAUUGGCGCGACCGCAAACUGAACAUGAACACGAUGUGAAAGCGCACCAAUCAUUACUAAAACAACAACCAUUAGUAUCGUCUCUGGCUAAGAAUAAAACAAGCGCGAUUAAAGUUCAAAUACAGGGAUCACAAUCGAAUUUAAAUGGGCACACAAACUAUAGACGACAUAUUAGUUUUGACGAUUCAUGUAAAAAAGAUGAUGGUGACGAGAAGUCUCAGUCGAAGGUUCAGGUUUAUGUUGAUCCACCGUCACCGGAUAUGGGUAAUAAUACGUUGCGCGUGCAGCGAAUUAGUGAAAUUCGACGGCAUUCAAGCCAUUCACCAUCGUUGACCGUGAAAGAGUAUGAUGCGGAAAAAGAUCGUCGACACUCGGGAGUUAAUCCAAAUUCGCUCGGCUUGGAUCAGGAACAUAUGCGUUUUUUGAGUUGUUCACCAGCUGCGUCACGACGCAUCAGUUGUGGCAGUUUGUUCAAACCAAACGAACCGAUUGGAUCAUCAAAAUCGAGCUUAUUUGCUGGUUCAAGCUUGAAUUUCCCAUUCGAUCGACGAUCCAAUGAGAAGGAGGACAAAGGAAAAGACGACAACAGUGGCAAAGACAAAGCGGAUAAAACGAAAAAACUACCGAUUAUCAAUCCGCUUGUUCGAUCGCCACACUGGCCAAACAUCACUAAUGGGACAGGCUUCAUAUCAAAGUGCUUAUUGGCAAAUGCAGACACAUUGUGCGCCGCGGUAAGUCCACUAAUGGACCCAGAUGAAACGCUGAUGGAAGGCUAUUACGAGAAAUGCGUAAUGAACAACUACUUUGGAAUUGGUAUCGAUGCUAAAAUUUCAUUGGAUUUUCACAUGAAACGCGAAGAGCAUCCGGAAAAAUGCCGGUCACGUGCGAAAAAUUACAUGUGGUAUGGAGUGUUGGGCUCCAAGCAAUUGCUACAGAAAACAUACAAGAAUUUAGAGCAACGCGUACAAUUAGAAUGUGACGGUCAACGAAUACCGUUGCCAGCGAUGCAGGGAAUCGUAAUUUUGAACAUUCCAAGUUUUAUGGGUGGCACAAAUUUUUGGGGUGGCACCAAAGAGGAUGAUUGCUUUUUGGCUCCAUCGUUUGAUGACAAAAUCCUCGAGGUGGUUGCUGUUUUUGGCAGUGUUCAAAUGGCUGCAUCUCGUUUAAUCAACCUGCAACAUCACCGUAUCGCUCAGUGUCAAAGUAUUCAGAUCACGAUUUUGGGCGAUGAAGGUGUACCGAUUCAAGUGGAUGGCGAAGCUUGGAUUCAACCACCAGGCAUAAUUCGAAUCAUUCACAAGAAUCGUGCCCAAAUGCUGUGCCGCAAUCGAAAUCUGGAAUUGUCAUUGAAAACAUGGCAAGAGAAGCAGCGACAACACAGCAUUUCCAUUUCGCGUGAACAAACAUCGAAUAUGUCUGAUUCAACUGGCAUAUCGGCGUCUCUGCCGUCCGGAUUGAUGUCGGAACGUGAAAGCUAUUUGCUUUUGAAUUUCAUCGAAAUUGCGAGUUCGCUGGUUAAAUGGGUCAAAUUUUUGAUCAUAUCACAUCCAUCGUUGGAGCAUGAUUUGUAUGCGGUGGCAUGUCGUACAGCCGAUGCUCUCGAAGCGAUUCAUCCGCAGGGGAAAAUUGUUGAAGGCUCAAAUUUGCGUGUACAGUUAGCUGAAGUUGUGACAGCAUGUCGCCAAUUGUACGAAGAUUCUUGUGAGCUAUUGCGUGAACGCAACCAAACGCUCAUCCUUCGCGAAGACUUGGAAACGAAAUUGAGUGUGGCUCUUGCCAACACUGAAUGUGAACUACGUAAGGUGUCAGUUACUAAGUCGGCUGAUGGUCUAAUGCGUGCCUCACUCAAUGUAUUGGCACCAAAUGAAGAGCCGGACACACGCAAGAAAUCGAAACCAUUUUGGAUGCGAUUCCGUAGCCAUGCGGCUGGCAACAGUCAGAGUACAAUCAAUACAGUGGCCCAGAAAUCGACUGCAUCAACACGUGAAACGGUUGCUAAUUGGGGCGUUACCGAGGUGGUUACCUGGCUCGAAACAAUGGGCUUGGGUGAAUAUGUUGAAACAUUUACACGAAACGAUGUACGAGGUAAGGAACUUUUAACAUUAACACGACGUGAUCUCAAGGAGUUGGGAAUCAUUAAAGUUGGUCAUGUAAAACGUAUACUGCAAGCAUGCAAGGAUUUGAAUUCGACUUAAGUUAAUUAAGUGAAAGUAAUUUAACCAAAAUAAAAAAAAAUCCCAGAAACAUUGUUUACAUUUAAGAUGAAACCUAAUAAUAUACAUUUAACUCUAAACACAAGGAAUUGCAACUUACAAAUAGAUUCUAGUUUCAUAAGUGUAAAUGAAGGGAAAAAACCAAAAUCAUCAGCAAAUGGAAUAGAAGCCUCAUAUUCGGGCAUUGUAAUUUAUUGUUGCCACUGUGCAUCUGACUCUGAAUGUGCCCACUGAAAACAAAAAUCAAAUAGUAACUUUAUCACUCCAUACACCUUUUUCUUCUCCUCUCACUGGUUUUUAUCCAAAGCAUAAACCUCAACAAAGGAUUGUCAGCUCAUAAUGUAUCUGUGGUUUCCUUAAUUUCAAACAAACGUUUCUAAGUACGUUAAGUAGCAUUUAAUCUGUACAGUUUCAGUAAACAAAAUGAAUCAUGGAAUGAAACGGGAGAUACCAUUUAGAAACCAAAAGUCAAGCUCGUAUUAAAACAAAACAAAAGCUUGAGCUUAACUUUAAUGCACGCCAAUAUUUACAAGAGACACCCAAAAUAAUUUUUAAUCAAACAUUUCCGAACUCAUCAUAAAAUUAAGAGAUUUGUUAUUAUUUCAGAGCCUCCGAACAACUAUCACAUUCACAUUUUCUUUUUCUUCGAAUCACACUGAACAAUGGAAAUUCUCUCUAUUGAACGAAGACCUAAGCUUAACUCCUCCCAAAACUCUAUCACGCUUAUAAAAGCAUAUCAACCUGUAUGUAUGUGUGUUCGAAACCAUUCGCAAAAUCAUGGUUUUCCCCGCAAAUUGAUGUGAAGGUAUUUCGGUUUUUUUUCUUUCUGGAAUGACAUUCAACACAUACACUCACUCACACCACUUGAUAUUGGCUAAACACAUUUUCUGAUAUCCGAUUCAAUGGAUGAUAUAUUGAAUAUUAUUUAAUAGGGUAAUUAUUUAAUUCUAACCAUUAUGCACUAUCAUUCGCAAUUAAUUAUUCAUGUUAACCAUUUUUCAAUAUAAUAACUCUGCGUGUGUGUGUAAUGUGUAUGUGUGUUUUCAGAACAUGUUCAAUUAGAUCAGAAACGUUUUCGACUGUUUCAUGAUGUACCUGCAAAUCAUUAUUAUUUCACUUGUGCAAUACAUAUAUAUAUAUAUACAUUGUGUGUAAGAUGAUUCAUGACAUUCCAUUGACAUAAACGUCAUAUAUUACAUACAAGUAUAUAUUCGGAUGGUUUAUCAAAUUGAUGAAACCGGAACAUCGAAUCGGUUUUGUUUUUGAUCGCAUGAUUUUCCAUAAUCCACAUAUUUAUAUGGGUUUCAAACACAAUCGAGACGAAGGAUGAGUUGAGAGAAAAUUCGGAGUCAACGAAAAUUCAGAGUCAUGAAAAUGAUCUCACAAUGAAAUGAACAACAUUAGGAAUAUAGAUUUAACAUAAUUUCAUUGGCUAGAUAUUCGAAUAUUUUUCUUUCUUCAAUUGACAUAUAAAUGUCUAAUUGAGUGAUUACACUCGUUAUUCCUUUUUUUUCAAUACUUAGAAUAUAAACUAGUCGUGUUCCCCAUUUUGAAAUUGAUUUUUUUCCAAAUUGGCUAAAUUCUCACCAUUUAUUGAGAAAAUUUAACGAAACCAAAGUAGAAUUAAAUUUAAGUUUACCAAAAAAAUAAAUUAUUGGAUUAAGAAACUAUCGGCCAUUGUAUACGUUGAUUCGAAUGCUUUGGCCUAAUGGCUGCCUGCUGGCAAGGAGCCUUACUAGGGAUUGAGUAAAUAAAUCGAGUAUGGAUUUUUUUUUAUCUUACUCUUUUCGCUAAUUUCGAAGAACAAAAAAAGAAGAAAUUAUCAGAUUAGGCUAAGGAACAAAAGACAAAUCUUAAUACUCGAAUGAUUCAGUUGCCUAAAGAUACUUUUUUUUCUGUUUCGCAUUCGAACGAAUUUUACUACAUGUAAAGAACCAAAAAAAAAACUCGAAAAAUGCAUAGCAAUUUUAGAAGUUUUGAAUUACGUAAAAUAAAAGUGAGGAAAUGCUCCCCUUCCCUCGGAAUCGGAAAUACAAUCAAAUCGUUUUCAUUUCAAAAUAAUUUUAUCGAAAUGUUAAAUUUUAGUCUCUUUGAAAUUGUUUUUUCUCUCUUUAUAUUUUUACCAAAAUUCAGCGAAAUGUCGCAAUCAAAAUUGACAUCAAAUUCUAAAUUUAUGGCAAUUGUUUUAUUCCAAAAUAAAAAUGAAACAAAAAAGUUUUAUAUGGUUCUCUCUGAUCUGUACAAUAUAACGAUGUAACGGGAAUGUAAAAGAGAAGACCCAUAGCUUGUAAGCCUGUUUCAACUUUUGUUAUUGUUGUUUAUGUUAAAAUUCAUCAUAUUUCACAACAGCGAGUAAAACUCGCUUGAAAACUUUUUAACUGUAUAAUAUUGAGGUGACGACGAUUGGCACAAUAGUUUUCACGUAAAACAUUGUUAUGAUUAAAACGUAAAAACAAUCGCUAACUUUGUGUGUUGACGCCCGAAAAGUACUGUUCCUGGUAGUUAGCAUCGAUUUGAUGACGAACGUUGAACUAUGACGUAAAACAACAGCACUCUUCAAAAUAUGGCGAAACAACAUCCACAACCCAUGUAUGAUUAUCCAACCAAAUUUGUGUGUCAUCAACAAUGAUGCGAUGCUGUGCAUUUUCAUGUUCUGUUGAUGUUUGACCACAAAACAUUUUCGCAAAAACAGUAUGACAGACACUUUGACGUCAUUCUGAAUCGAAAAUAUCCAAAAAUAGAAUUUCGUCAGUUCUGAAUAUCCAGAAAUAAAUGAUGAAUAUGUAAAUUACUUCAGUUCAUUGAAGUUUAUAUCGGCGUGGCAUCAUUGACGCAAAAAAAUCCCAUUUGUACUUUCUGCAGACUAUGCUGCAGACAGAAUCGAAUUCUUUGAAGAAAAAUUUGGCUCUGCAUCAAUGUAAUAUACAUUCGACUUGUGAAAAGCCCUCGAUUUCGUUCCGCCUUCGUUUGUACCAUAGAAUGGGGUCAUCGGCAGAACCACAGCACAUUUCCAAGAAUUUGACAUUUUUUUUCUGGGUCAAAUACCGGAAAUUGUAAUACAAAAAUUGCAAAAAUCAAUGAGACACUUCCUCCUUUUAAAUUUUGUUACAUCCAAUAUUAUCCGAAUUCCGAUUGGAUUCAAUGAGAUUAGGAAUAUAAAGAACAGUGAUGAUAAGAACCUCUGAUAACUGUAUCAGAUAAACAUAGCUCCUUCUGAGUAAAUGACUGUGUUCAUUGUUUAAGCAAUUUUAUGGUCAACGAAUAUAGAAAUGUCUCCAUUGGAAAAGUUUUCAAUUCAAUUAUAGUUUGAAUAAGUGUCUUAACAAGAUCACUCGAAGAAAAGAAAACGAAAAAAAAAUGAUUUUUUUUAAGACAAAAUCUGGGAUUAGUCUAAAAUGCUUUAUUCCAUCCAAUUCAAACACUUAAUCUCAUUGAAAACCGUUUCACUCGACGACAAACAUUCGAAGAGCGAAAAAAUCGGCACAUAGAUAUCAAGAGUAGACUUUAAUUCCGCAUAAUGCGAUGAAACCGAGAUUUUAUUUCACCUUUCAAACGUGCUUUUUCAGCUCAGGGAAUGUGGAUGAACUUAACGAAAGAAAAAAAAACUGGAAAUUAAUUUCCCAGCUCCCCAAGCGAAAGAGUACGAUGAGGUUCUA